AUGCAUCAUAGAGGAACGGAGAUCAUUGAUAUCAAGCAUCGAGCAAAAUUACCACCAUCCAUAAUCGAAAUCAAGCCUCGACAACUCGUCCUCUUCUCGCCUUCCUCCACCACCCCCCGGCCUGUUGAUUCCCGUUACCUGCACCUCAACUUCAACUGCCGAGAGCGACAAUCCGCCAACCGCACACCCAAGCUCACCGACACUCGCAGACCCAUCUCCAUCUUCAGUCCAGUCUCGCGCUCUAUAGAGCACGUCGGCUGCGCCCCUUUCGAUCCUACAACGGUGAGUGUAAAGGCCGGAGGGAACAACAACUUCCUUCGAUAUCAGUGUCAGAACCCGUCGUCCCCUCAGGCUCAGAGCAACUUCUCCCCAGGCCGCCGCUACGACCCCGUCCACGAUUCUUCCAUGUGGAGGACCCAUGCAAGCAGUUCCAACGUACCACUUCGUCCACCCUAUUCUCCUCCGGACGUGCAACAAUGGCCGCCGGCCUUUGUACCGGGAACGAACUGGCAGGGUUGGAGUAGUAGUGGAAGGCCAAACUUUGGGGACUUCAAUGGGAGGGCGCCGACUUUCGGGGACGUGCAAAGAGAUAUAACGGCUGCUUUCACUGAUUCGGCACUGCCUCAGUUGCCUCCCUUCCCUGAGCAACCAAGCGGAGCAAGACAAUAUUUGAACGCACCUUGGAGCUACGGGAACCGGUACGGUAAUUACCCUAGUUCUCCUCAGGCGAAUCAAGCCCGUAACACAAGAGAAAGCUUCGUAUCGGCAUUGCGUCCGAGUCUCUUACCUGCCGAACAAGACACCCGGCCAACGGGGGCUGCAAGUCAGCUUGGAACGGCUGGUACCACCCGCUUGCCAUCGACUUCAGCAGUAGAAAGCCUGGCCGAAAUAUUUUCACAUGUCCCAAACGGUAUGGCUAUCAAUAGGAAUUCCUAUCCACAUCCCAACAGACGUCACAUGAGCGAUCCGGAACGGUCAGAUGGCCGCUUUGAGACUCAAGUCAGACAACAGCCUCACACUCUUGAAUCUGAAUCCGAAUCGACUUCGGAUAGGGAAAACAGCUCGGUUUUCCGUUUGGCUCUAACAAGACACGCCAGAGACGAGCUUUAUGCCGAUAUGGGCAAUCUCGAUGAGCGUGCCAUAGCAGCUAUGCGAGGGCAAAUUUCAGCAUCCAAACGACUUCCGACGGAGGAGGCUUUAGGUUCUCUUGAGACCCUGAAUGCUGAAGAUUUGAAAGGCAAGGCGAAAUCAUGCGAUAUCUGUUACAAUGAAUUCGGCAUCAGCAACCCGGAAGGCGAGGUCGAACAACCAACACGUUUGCCCAAGUGCAAGCACAUUUUCGGUGAUAAAUGUAUCAAGAAGUGGUUCGAAGACUCCAACAGCUGCCCUUACUGCCGGGAUCAAUUGCCUUCCCAGCUGGUUGGUAAGAGGGCAAGUGUGGACGCCAAUAUACGAGCUGUACAGCGAGAGCGCCUGAGACUGAUAGCUCAGACGGCGCUGUUGGAAAUCGACAUGCUCAAGGCGAAUCAACGACAGAACGAAGACGUCCUGGUCGAGGCAGACUUGGUAAUGGGCGAUCUGGUCAUCUCGCAAGCCGACCAACAUCGACCGGAUCUGCCAGGGCCCUCCAAGACCAUACGCAACCGCAACGCCACAACUGCACCCGACUACUGCGCGGAGGCCACUAGCAGUUUACCGACCGGAUUCCGCAAACGCACGAGCUCCGCAGACUCCACAUUCUCAGGCAUCCCACAACCACUCAUCCCCAACUUCGAGUUCUCCCGAGGAAGCAUCGCCUCCUGUGGCUGUUGGGUCUGGUCCUGCCGCUGCGCCGCGCCACGUAGGUAUCAGGCGGCAUCGUGGGACGAAGAAAUGCGAGCCUAUGAGGCUAACACCCCGACGAAUGCACGUACUCCACCGCCAGUAGUCGCCGGAAACAUUCCUGCUCGGGAAGGAGGCCAGCGGAACAAUACCGCCCCUUUUUCGGUGGUAGAGCUAAUCUCCAUCCUGGUACGAGCUACGGUACAAUCUCUUCUCUACGUCUCUGAAACCAAGUCAUUCCCCCCAAAAUUGAAUACAAUCCCGAACUAUGAUACGCCCCCAGUCUUUCACCAGUUCAAUGCAGGAGCACCGAAUGUGGUGGCACGGCGUUGGGAACGGAGCUCAGGAUUCUGCGUAGCUUGGACGAAGCGGAUCUUCAUGCGAGCAUCACAAACUGCUUAUACUCAAGACCAGUCCGGAUUUUCCUGA